CCAACGGACUUCACCUCUCCAACUCCUUUCCCCAAUCGAAAUUAGGGAUUUUGUGUUUCUUGAUCGAAUUUGAAGGUAACACCAAAUCUUUCACAAUAUACUUCAAUUGGCGUGAUUUCUUCUUUUCUGUUUCAGUUUUUAGAAGGUGAUAUUUCGCAAAGGGAUCAUGUGGCCGGUGUUUUGCCGCAACUAUGAGUGCCAGACUCAACAGUCGGACUUGGACCGUUUGUUCUCCAGAUACGGAAAAAUUGUGCGUAUUGAAAUGAAAUCAGAAUAUGCUUUUGUCUAUUUUGAGGAUGAAAAUGAUGCGGCAAAGGCCAUCCGAGAACUUCAAGGCAAGCCAUUUGGGUCUCAAAGACUCAGAUUACAUGUUAAAUGGGCCGUGGGUAAGCGUCGUGGGCAUCAUGGUGAUUUAGAAUCAAAUCCAAGGCCAUCUAGAACCCUUUUUGUGAAACACUUUGACCCUGUUCGUACUCAAAAUCGUGACAUUGAAAAACACUUCGAGCCUUAUGGGAGGGUUCUUAAUGUGCGUAUGUCUGGGGAUGUUGCUUUUGUGCAUUUCGAAACUCAGGAAGAUGCCACAAGAGCCCUGGAGCUCUCCCAGAAUAGUAUGUUAUUUGAUACAGUUCCUCGUGUUGAGUAUGCUUUUAAGGAAUAUGAUGCUAGGCACAGAAGAAAGAAGCGAAAGCGUAGAAAUUAUGCUUCCUCGAGGUUACCUAGUCCAGCAUACCGCCACAGACGAGCAAGUCCUGUUUAUGAUAGGCACGCUGGUCCUUCAAAUCCAAGGGCCAGGAGUCCUAAACGUUUGCUGCGAGCAAGUCCUGUUUAUGAUAGGUACGAGGGUCCUACAAAUCCAAGGGCCAGGAGUCCUAAACGUGUUCUGCGAGCAAGUCCUGUUUAUGAUAGGUACGAGGGUCCUACAAAUCCAAGGGCCAGGAGUCCUAAACGUGUGCUGCGAGCAAGUCCUGUUUAUGAUAGGUACGAGGGUCCUACAAAUCCAAGGGCUAGGAGUCCUGAUCGUGCGCGAGCAAGGUCCUGUGCGAAGGUCGAGACAGUGAUGAGGAAGUAGUAAGUAGCACUAGAAACAAACAGAUGAAAUUUGUGUGAAGUUGUUUUGUUGAUAGACAGAUUCAAUAUGAAGUUUGUUGAUUUGUAAGUUUCAAUAUGCCAAAA